AUGCAUGAAUGCCCUAUCUGCCAUCGAACCUAUCAGGCUCGCACGCCGCUGUCCCGUCAUAUCCACAAUCACUCCCCAGACCAUCUAGGGCGCCGGCACGCCUGUGAAACCUGUGGGGUGAGUUUCGCUCGCCGGGAUCUGCUUAGUCGCCACCAGAACAACAAUCACUCAGGGUAUAUGUCCUCUCGACGACGGACACAUACUGCAUGUGACCAGUGCCGUAAGGCGCGCAUGCGUUGCGAUGGGCAAAUGCCUUGUUCGGCUUGUCAGGAGCGUUCCAAGUCUUGUCGCUACACCGAUGGCCGGUCACGACUGAGCAAAGCCGCUCCUCGCAUCCGUCUCGAUUCCAUGCCCUCCAGCAUAUCCUCACCUCGCCUUCUACAAACUCAAGACGAGCGGCAGCAUGAUGGUGAUUCUCAACAGCAACCGCUUGAUGGACAUGCAGGACCUUUGCUCAACGAGACUCAAGAGCAACCUCUCGACGGCCUGGAGGGUUUAUUGGGGCAAGACCAAACAGAACCCCAUCAGAUCUACACUCUCGGCUUGCCGAUGGAUCUCGACGGUAUUCCUUGGCCAUGGCUUCAUGAAACCUCGUUCCUCCAAGAUGACCCCGGGCUUGGAGACUUUGGAACCGUGGCAACGCAUGAUUAUUCCGCCAUGCUUCCAGCACCCGAGAGCCAUGACCUCUGUGGAGACUUCAGAGAGAAUGACACGGUGCCUGACGGUCAAAGUCACGUAGCAGCGUCAUCAUCGCAUCCCGUUCUCGAAGAUGCCCGUCCACUGGAGGCAGCUGAGGUUGAUAAACUCGUACACCUUGCGUCUCAGCCCGCCAGCGGACCUGGCGCCAAUGCUGGUGGUGAAGAUUGCUUUUGGGAUCAUGUGUUGUUCGUCGCAACUUUCAUACGUGGCAUAGCAACAAGUGCAGAGCAACCUCUCUCAGCCGGCGACGUGUUCCGUGAACAUCUCCAGGCCUACUCUACCAAUUUCAAUCGUCUGUGGCCAAUGUUCGUCGACAGCGACAUUCAGGCCGGUCGACUGCACCCAAUUCUCUACCUGGUCCAGUUGUCCAUCGGUUGCAUGUAUGGGUCGCCAUCUGCGAAGCACUUCGGGACUCUUCUGCACAAAAGUUUGCGCCAACUACUAACGAGCUUCUUGGCUGUCGAAAGUUUUGACGGUGAUAUCAUAUGGCUCGCUCAUGCUCGGCUACUAACUCAAGUUCACGGUCUAUACUUUGGCCAGCCACAAGGCUUCUCUUACGCGCAGCAUCUAGGUGCCGUCCUUGUCGCUCAAGCAAAACGCCUGGGCCUUUUUCAGCCCACCCGGCAGCCUGGCGCGGACUUGCAUGGGGACUAUUCGGGAUGGAAGUAUGCUGAAACCCGCAAAAGGCUGGCUCUCGGUGUCUUCCGAGCCGAUGUCUUUACAAGUGUGCUGCUGAACACAGCGCCUUUGCUGUCUUUUGAAGAAGUAUCAGUCACUCUACCGUGCUCGGAUGAUCUGUGGCACAACAAGCAUGGACUACUCGCAGAAGCUUUGAGCGUCAUGAUCAAUGCAGAGGCCCGCCAGCGCCUUGCUUAUGGUCUGUCGGACUUAAGCAGGAUCCUACUCGAUCAGUCUGAGAAGAUGCCUGAACUCGAUGUUAGCGGUUACGAGCUGGCACCUUUCACUCUCCAGUCACCGAUUUGGAAAUUCUCUCAUGAUCCGGCACUCUUUCCUCGGCUCACUGGCAGACACUGGAAGCCCGUAUCUCAUGCUUUUGGAGUAGCUUCGCAAGCGCAAGUUACGGCGCCGCUCGACGGCCUUUUCUCAACCACAGUAUACCGCCGGUCGAGUUACACUGAUGCCCUACCCGACACCCCACAUGACGCGCUGGGACCUAUCCACCGGCACAUGCACGACCUUGUCAACGAUCGAGCUCGUAUAAAGCAUGCGUUAGACGCCUGGCAUUGCAGCUUUACUGCUGCCCGUCAGAUGCCUGCUUCCAUGGAUGAUCGAGAUACAUUAAUGAGCAGCUUACUGCUUUGGCACACAUUGAACAUACAAUUGGACGCGCCUUUGAAGCAACUGCAUGACAUCACUUAUCGAGCUGCAGCGCAGCGAGCGGUCGACAAAAGCACUGUUCAGCUUGUCCGUGACUGGAUACCGACAGAGAGUGCCAUGAUCGCCGUGAAAGCAGCCUGCGUGAUCUGCGAAAUCAUUGACAGCGAGCUUACGCGGUCUCCGGGUCAACGUGCUUGCUUCAAUUUCCUAGCAUUCAGCAGCCUUCAUCAUGCCGCGGUGAUCCUCUGGACUACGACGCAGAGCGCGGAGUUUGGGUCGUUUGGGACAGUCGUGGCACGGGACACCUCUGCUCUGCUGCAGGCGUGCGCGCGGCUUUUCCGUGGCCUCAGUCCGCUCGGUGGUGAGUCAUUUGGGCUUGCCGCAGAACGCUUGAUGGACUGUCCAUUCCCAACUGCAUGA